UUCCCGGUCUUCCAACUUGGUCUCCAAAACUCCCGUCUUUCUUUCCAACUUCGAGCUUGUCCUCUGUUUUCUUGGGACUGAAAGAUCCUUCUUUGCCGCAUUCUUUGAUUCUUCUGAGUUCUUGAAGGAGGAUGUUGGCUGGGUGCUCGUCGACGCUGCUGUCGCCGAGGCACAAGUUGAGGAUCGACGCUUCCGUGCAGUUGCAAUCGUGCCAUUUCCAGCUGCAGGACAAGCAUUGCCAUCCGCAGCAGAAGAUGGGCACCCAGCGGCUCGACCUGCCCUGUGGCUUCUCCUCCCGGAAGGACCCCCUGCGGAUGGCCCUGUCGGUUGAGAAGCCACCGCCGGCGGAGGCCCGGCGGAGCAGUUGCUCCUUUAGGCGCAACCCGGUGACAACUUCCUCCAUGGCGGCACAAACGCCCUCGUGGGGAGGGAUUGAUGAAGGCCACGGCAGACCCUGGGAUCGGAGGAGGAGCUUGAAGAGAUUCCACGAGAGGGGUUCGUGCGACGACGACCGAGCCAAGAGGACGAGGACCGGUGGCGGAGUCUCGGGAUUAGUUGAAGUUGACGGCGAGGUGUGGUUCCCUCGGUCCACCCAAGAGCCUCCGCCGGUGGAAGAGGACAAGGUGUUUCUUGUGCCCAACGCAGCAAGCUUUCCGCUUCCGGCCUCCACGAGCCAUGCUUUGAUAGGAGGAUCCGCUGGUCCCGAGAAUGAUGGCCUGAGCCCAGGCGAAGAUCCAAACGACAAGUCGCAGUCCGAUUCAAGUACGUCGUCGACCGCAUACGCUUCUUCUCCUGAGCCAACCAAGGAUUCUUCAGGCAAUGUGGCGUCGAACGGGUCCCGGAUGCCUUCUUCUUCGGGCGUCGCUGGUGCAGCAGGAGGCGAAGGAGAGGGUAGCUCGGCGGAGCAGCAGGGCCUCGAACUCCUCAGCUUGCUCACGUCGUGUGCGGAGUCCAUUAGCUCGGGAAACUACGAAGGCAUGACCUUCUUCUUGGCCAGGCUAGGAGAGACGGCCACCCCACUGGGAACCCCUCUCCAUCGAGUGGUCGCCUACUAUACCGAGGCCUUGGCGCUCCGAGUCGUGAAGCUCCGCCCCCACAUCUUCUCCAUUGCUCCACCGAAGACCCUCGUCCACCCGACCGAGGACGACGACGCCGUAGCGCUGCGCCUCCUCAACUGUGUCACCCCAGUCCUGAAAUUUCUCCACUUCACCAUGAACGAGAGGCUGCUGAAGGCAUUCGAGGGAAGAGACAGAGUGCACAUCAUAGACUUAGACAUCAAGCAGGGCCUCCAGUGGCCUAGUUUACUCCAGAGCUUAGCUUCCAGGCCCAGUCCUCCGAGCCACCUCCGGAUCACCGGCGUCGGCGAGUCGAGGCAGGACCUCCAGGACACAGGCGCCGCGCUCGCAAGGCUGGCAGAGUCACUCAACCUCCCUUUCGAGUUCCACGCAGUGGCGGACAGGUUGGAAGACGUGCGGCUGUGGAUGCUUCAUGUGAAGAGGGAGGAGUGCGUCGCGGUGAAUUGUGUUCUGACGAUGCACAAGGCACUCUCCGACGAGAGCGGCAAGGCCUUCAUGGACUUGCUGGGCCUGAUAAGAAGCACGCGCCCGGAGAUCGUCGUCAUGGCGGAACAAGAAGCGAAGCACAACGAGCCUAACUGGGAGACGAGGUUCUCCAGAUCACUCAGCUACUACGCGGCCAUCUUUGAUUCCAUGGACUACGCUCUGCCCAGGGACAGCCCGGCCAGGAUCAAGGUCGAGCAGGUGUUUGCCAGAGAGAUCAGAAACGCCGUUGCAUGUGAAGGGGGCGAAAGAACCGAGCGUCACGAGAACUUCGAUAGGUGGAGGAAGCUGAUGGAGGACGGCGGGUUCAAAUGCCUGGCAAUCGGAGAAAGGGAGAUGCUUCAGAGUCGUAUGAUACUGAGGAUGUACUCCUGCGACAAGUACGCCAUAGACAACCAAGGGGAAGAAGGUGAUGGACUCACUCUCAGGUGGUCAGAUCAGCCUCUGUACACAGUCUCUGCAUGGGCUCCUACAGAUGUUGCAGGCAGCUCCUCUACGUCUCAACCAAACUAGUGGAUUCCUCCUGCAUGACUUGGUUCUUCUUCCUCAACAGGUCUCAUACAGACAUAUUCUUUAUACUCUUACAGACAUGAAAGGUCCAUUCUUUUUCCACUUACAAACCAUAUAGACAUUCUUUUCUGGGCUUUUUCUUCUUUGG